AUGGACUGCAGGAAACGAUUACUACUAACGGGGACACCAUUACAAAAUGACCUGAACGAAUUCUUCAUCCUGGGCGCACUCGCUAACCCUGUAAUUUUCACCGACGACAAAUCCCGGAAAAAUUAUGUAAAUCCGAUCCUGGCAGGGAUCAACCCAGACGCAACGGAUAAGGAGAUUACUUUUGCCAAAGACAAGUUGUCCACGCUCGCGAAAAUCACCAACGCCUUCGUACUCAGACGAAGCAACGUUCUACUCAGAACGGUCUUGCCGGACAAAGUCGUAGCAUACGUCUUCUGCUCAUUGUCUCCGGUACAAAUCAAGUUGUAUGCGGGAUUGAUCGCUUUGGUUUCAUCGCUAGCGGACGCGAAGCGUCUCGGCGGAGUCUUGAGCCUGAUCCAGUUGUUGUGUAAGGUGUGCACGCACCCGUUUCUAGUACCGCUAUCUUCGUUGUCUGAGGACAUGGCCGGAGAGUGGCGUCGGGUUGUAGAGGGUUGCGGAUUCGGCGGUGCCCUGGCGGGUGCUUUGGCUAGUGGUGGUAGUAGGUCUAAUAGUGGUGGCGGCAGGAUGGUGACCCGAGGAAGUAGAGAGAACUCUCGAUGCAUGGUCGAGAAUGUGGGUUCGUUGUCUACGGGUCACUGCGUCGGAUUGAGUGGGAAGUUCUUGUUUCUAUAUUCGUUAAUUGAGGCUGUGAAGUGUGUGGGAGAUCGGCUAGUGGUAGUGUCUAACUUCACCCAGACUUUGGACUUGGUUGGAGAGUACUGCCAACUGUCUGGAGUGAGUGUGGUCCGGUUGGAUGGGAAGACGAGCAUUAAAAAGCGACAGGAGAAGGUUCAUUCAUUUAACGUGUUGGGUGACGGGUUAGUGUUCCUGUUGUCCAGCAAGGCUGGGGGUGCGGGUAUUAAUCUUGUCGGCGCUAACCGACUAGUACUCAUGGACGCAGACUGGAACCCGGCUAAUGAUAAGCAAGCCCUCGCCCGCAUCUGGCGCGAUGGCCAGCAGAAAACCUGCGUUAUAUACCGGCUCUUCAGCUCUGGCACCAUAGAAGAGAAAAUUCUACAGAGACAACUUGCCAAGGAUCUCGUCAGCAACAUCGUGCUCAACCCCAAGGACCUCAAAACCGGAAUCAGCCAAGACACUCUCCGGACCCUCUUCCAGUUCGACCCUCAACACCUACCCGACUGCGACACACAUCAAGUCCUACAAUGCGCCAGAUGCGACACCACGACCAACGCCCAACAACUUAUUGGAGAUUCCUUCAACGAAAAUGGCAAGCAAACCCCCCUCUUUUGCGCUUGA